CCCCAAGCAGUUGCCAAAAUUCGGGGCUUAUCUUGGAACCCAAGGCCCAAUCAUCCGACACGACAACAACACCCUAAAUCUUAACAACAUUUCAGUCUCUCACCGUCCUCCCACUUUGCCUCUUUCUCUCCGUGUGGCCGUUCAGUGACACCGAGUGUAAAGAAGAGGAGAGAAACCGAGAAAGAAGAAGAAAACUAGGGUUUUGCAAUUGCUGCAAUGGCGCAUCAAGGAGAACCGGCGAAGCUGCGGUGGGGUGAGCUCGAGGAGGACGACGGCGAGGAUCUGGACUUCCUCCUGCCGCCGCGGCAGGUGAUAGGCCCCGACGAGAACGGGAUAAAGAAGGUGAUCGAGUACAAGUUCGACGAGGACGGGAACAAGGUGAAGAUCACCACCACCACGCGCACGCGCAAGCUCGCCAACGCGCGUCUCAGCAAACGCGCCGUCGAGCGCCGCUCCUGGCCCAAGUUCGGCGACGCCGUCCACGAAGACGUUGGUGCCCGCCUCACCAUGGUCUCCACCGAAGAGAUCCUACUCGAACGCCCCAAGCCUCUUGGUGCCAAGUCAGAGGAGCCAAAGAAUGCUGGAGACCCAUUGGCUCAAUUUCAGAAAGGUGCUGUUCUUAUGGUCUGUAGGACUUGUGGGAAGAAGGGUGAUCACUGGACCUCAAGGUGUCCAUACAAGGAUCUUGCCCCGCCAUCUGAGGGAUUCGUCGAUAAACCUGCGGCGGCAGACACUGUGGCAGCCACUGCUGGUGCAACCAAGGGAGCAUAUGUGCCUCCUGGUAUGAGGGCAGGUGCUGAGAGGACUACUGGAUCUGAUAUGCGGCGCAGGAAUGAUGAGAAUUCUGUGAGGGUAACUAACCUCUCUGAGGACACGAGAGAGCCUGAUUUGCUGGAGCUGUUCCGUCCUUUCGGUCCUGUCAGCAGAGUCUAUGUUGCCAUUGAUCAGAAGACUGGCAUGAGCAGAGGGUUUGGCUUUGUUAACUUUGUCAACAGGGAAGAUGCACAAAGAGCUAUUAACAAACUCAAUGGGUAUGGCUAUGACAAUCUCAUCCUUAGAGUUGAAUGGGCAACCCCAAGGGCAAAUUAAAUGUUGAAUGUUUUUGCCUCUUUCUUUAAAACGGUAUUUUGAAGGUCUUUCUAUUUUUGUAGUCUGAGUCCUGUACUAUCUGUUUCCUUUGAGAUGAUUUAUUAUUUAAAAGUAUACAUUCAUUCUAGAUCUCAUGUUGGUCAUUGAUAAUCAGGUAUCAUCUCACCUAUAAAGUAUCACAUUUUGGAAGUGAAAAUGGUUGAUAUUUCUUAGCCUA